AUGAAUUGUGACAAGUCUAUUCUAAAAGAACUGAUUUAAACCAAUAUUAUUUUGAUUGAGGAAGCAAAAGAAUCUAAUCUGCAGAACUUCAACAAUUCUAAGAUGUGGAUCAAAAAGUCAUUUAAUAAUUUGUUCAAUUUACUUCCAAAGGAAACUCUGGAAAUGGACAUUAAUCAACUACUCACAGUCUCUGAACAAGAAGAAUUGAUUAAGGAUCCUCAACUUUCAAUUGACUUUUUUAAAAACAAGUUCUAACGAGAUAUCGAUGAUCAAGAUUGGGAAGAUGAAGUAGAAACACACUUAACCCCACCAAAAAAAUUACUACCUUAAACUAGAACUUUAUAAUCCAGCAAUAUGGGAUUUAGAAAGAAGCCUGCUACAAAUUUGCAAUCCUCUUAAAAAAAGCUACUUUCUAGCGCAAUUCAUAAUAAAUAUAAAAGAAAAUUAAUUUGA